AUGCAAGGAAUUUAUUUCGAUGAAGGAGCUGGCUUCGUAUUAGUCUCAUCUCUAGGACAAGGCUCAUAUGGUAAGACGUCGGUCGUUCGAUCUGUCAAAGACAACAAACUCUACGUCCGCAAAGAGGAGUUGACGACACACGAACACAACAAAAGCACGGGGCGCAACAGAGAGGUUGCACAUGCAAUGCUCGCUCAACACCAUCCUGGCGUUGCCAGAGUCGUUGGCUGGGCCAACUACGAGAAGUACACGAAGGGACCGGUUUUUGUGGUUAGCUACUGGCAAUACUACAACGCUGGCACAUUGGCAGGUCUUUACGAAACGGCGGUCCAACACAGAAUCUUCGUCCCGGAAAGAUGGGUAUGUCUCUGGCUAAUUUCCAUGAUGAGUGCAAUCAUUGACAUACAUAAAGCAGGGCUUGCUCAUGGCGAUGCCAAGGAUCAGAAUUGGUUCCUGCAUCGGCCAGGUCCUGGUAGACACCCUGUGGUCGUUCUGGGAGAUUUUGGCACUAGCUAUCUCCAGGACGAAGAGGAUGUACCCUUUGAAUUCCCUCGAAGUGGUGGGCACGAAGAUGGAACCUGGACCGAUACAGUACGGGGAGAUUUCAAGCAGGUCCUGUGUGAAGCAGGAACUAUGCUGCAUCUCUGCGACGCCAGUCCGCAAAUGGAUUCAAUCGUGCAGAGGUUGAGGAACGGGAUCUAUGAAACCAAGAACGAAGACCUGGAAGAAAAUAUGUCAUCCGUCUACGAGGCAUUAAAAUGGCAUCUGGCUGACACACCAAUACCAACAGCGGAACAGAUGGACCAGCUCGCACAAGAUAGCACACCCAAACUUCCUUUCCUGCCAUAUACGGAAGAGGUAGAUAUGGCAAAUCUCAAGACAUGGAUGAUGGCGUCUCACCUUCACGACGACAAGAUUACUCUCCGGCUACCACCUCAAUGUCGCCGCUUCGUUGGUCAGCGAGUCAUUGCUGACGGUGACUGGGAUCCGCGUCUUAUGUCUGACCAGCAGCCUAGUUUGCCCAGGGAGCACGUUCGAAGCGUCAAGAACUUCGAGUACAAAUGGUGGUGA